AUGGUGCUUCUCGCAUCCGAAUUCAUGACCUUGACAACACUGGCCAGCAUGGUCUACAUGGUUUACGCUGGUGCCCAUCCAACAAUCGUUAGCUGCGGGUCGGUCCAGUUCAACUCAACCGAUGAAGCAUGCUUGCGAUUGACGGUCUUGAGGGAGAGCACCGGCUGCGUUCCUGUUCUCGAAUAUCAGUUCAAAUCCGUAAAUGUCGAUUUCGAUAUGCUGUGUGAAAAUGGUAAAUCGGUGAAGAACAGCAUUUCCGUCCAAAUGUUCAGUGUUCUUCUUGGAGCGAUGGUCAGUGGCCAACUCAGUGAUCGAUAUGGAAGAAAACCGUUUACGAUUAGAUUUUGCUGUAUUUGCCUUUUCAGUGUGUUCGGCGUCUACCUGAUCGAGAAUAUACCAAAGCACCAUCGAAUGUGGAUAAACACCAUAGUAACAUGGUCACCGAAUUUCAUCAUCUAUCCGAUUAUCGCCUACUUUUGUCACGAUUGGCGUAACCUGGCUCUGUUCAGCUGCGUCAUUUCCGUCGUCACAAUAAUCAACCUCUUCUGCCUUCACGAAAGUCCACGAUGGUUGAUUCAACAUGGACGAAUUGAGGAGGCGCGUCGAGUUCUCACGAAUAUUAGGCGUCUGAAUGGCAAAACAUGCGAAAAAGAGGCUACUGAAAUCGAGGAGAUGCUACGAUUUGAACAAGAGGCAAGCCACUUGAAAUAA